GAAAGUUUUGCUGGAGUCCGUGAGCAGUCUCCAUUUUCAGAAGUUAGUUUUAAAACAGUAUUCAUUUUCCAUAUCAAAACAAUCUGCUACGUUGCAUGCAAUGCGCUGGUGGAUGGCAUUACGGGCCGCAGCCAAAAUUAUUCUCUAGGUUGUGAUCACGAUUUCAUAAUCUGCGAAAUGCUUAUUUACGGCGGCGACGACGAGGACGCCGUUCACGAGUGGAACGCCGUGGAUGUUCUCGUUAACGGCCAGCUGCAGCACGGCCGCGUCAUCAACGUGGCCGAGAAAGCACUGCUCAUCGACUUCGAAUGUCCCACACAGCGCGCGCAGUUAAUCGAAUACGGACGCGUCUUCCAGUGCAAAGAGAACGCUGAACGCUCCAUGACGAACGUACAGGUCCUCCUGCGUCGCCAUCCCGACGCCGCCUGGAUCUGGUACCCGGGACGCGUGAUCCCCAUUGAAGGCUUCCUGUACGAGUAUGCGGAAUACGUGGAAGUGCGUCUCCCGAAAGGGAAUGUCAAGGAGCUGCUGCCCUUGGCCCAGGUGCGCCCACGGUCCGCGGGAUGGAAAUCCAAGCUGAGACCCAUGCGAAGGGGUGAUUUUAUGAUUCGUUCUUGCCGGAUGCCCACUCCUGGUUUGUCGAAGCAGCCAGCGUGGGUCGUGAAGAAAUUCAAAGCGGAGCUGGUCCGCGUGGGGAAGGCUGCCUUCAUCUCGCUGCUGGGGGACACCCUCACCUAUUUCCAGCGUGUGGAUGAACUGCUGCUCACGAUGGAGCUGCUGGUAUCAAUCUGCAAACUAGCGAAAAAACGCAGCGACACCCCGCGGUGGUCGGGCCCCUUAACGAUUAGCAGCGUUUCACGAACCAGUAGAAAGCGCAAGAUAUCCGGCAGCGAGGCACAGGGAUUCCCGUUACCCGUGGAAGUGCUGGCGGAGAUUUUCCGCUCCCUGGACUCCAUCGGGCGCGUCCGUUGUCGACGUGUCUGCCCACUGUGGAACAUCAUUCUCACCACGGAAGCCUACUUCCCCGACGUGCGCGUGUCCGGCAACUGCGCGGAUGGCGAUUACCCAGCGAUGGACUUCUGCGAGGACGGCAUGUACUGGGUGGUAGCCUGUGUGCUGAAAUGCCUGAGCAGCCACACCAAGACGCUGAUGCUGAGCCGGCUGGAUUUGUUCGAGUGCCGCCAACUGAUCGCCCCCCUCCACCACGUCCGCCCCGGCCGUCCCGUGCCAACGCUGGUGCUGUUCAACUGCCACCUUAGCGGACCCCUCCUGGACCGCCCCCGGGACGUGAUCGGGUCCACGGUGCAGUUGGCCGUGGAUCUCGGUUGCGAGCAAAUGCUGUGGAAGAAGUGCCGUUUUUCCGACGCCACCCUGACGGCAUUUAUCCCGCGGUACGCCUUCCGCGUCCAGUCGUCGGCGGCGCUGACCGUGCAGUUGUGGGAGCUGUUGGAGAGCCAUCUGGUUCUGGAGGAACCGCUGGAUCGGCCGGGCAUUGCCAAGUGGAUCGCCAAUCGCUUACUGUUCCCGCUCGCCCACUACAUUACGCCCAUUUUGCAGGGCCUCCACGAUUACCAGAGCGCGGAUCCCCGUCCCGCCACGCCCUACCGCGGUCGAGUAUGGACGGCGUCCACCCUCGCCCAACUGGACGCCACACAGCUGACCACGCUGACGGCGGCGUUCCUGCAGGAAGGCGUGAAACAUUGAUCCCGUCGUUUCCUUUUCAGUGCUGACGGCGACGAGCAGCAGGCCGCGUCACGGCGUGGCUGUUGUUUAGUG